CGACCGACAACACCCCAUUUCGAUACACAUUAAUCGACAAAAUGGGAAAGGGACCUAAGAAGCAUCAAAAGCGUCUCAGCGCGCCAUCGCAUUGGCUUCUGGACAAAUUGUCUGGUGCCUAUGCUCCUCGCCCAUCUCCCGGUCCUCACAAGCUCCGCGACUGCAUGCCCCUCAUCGUCUUCAUCCGAAAUCGUCUAAAGUAUGCCCUCAACUCGCGCGAGACCAAGGCUAUUGUCAUGCAACGCCUGAUCAAGGUCGAUGGCAAGGUCCGAACCGACGCCACAUACCCAGCCGGCUUCAUGGAUGUUAUCAGCAUCGAGAAGACCAAGGAGCACUUCCGUCUCGUCUACGAUACCAAGGGUCGCUUCACCGUCCACCGAAUUCAAGAUGAGGAGGCCGAAUACAAGCUCGGGAAGGUCAAGCGUGUGCAAUUAGGCAAAGGCGGAAUCCCAUUCUUGGUCACGCACGAUGCUAGAACUAUCCGUUACCCUGACCCAGCCAUCAAGGUCAACGACACCGUCAAAAUCGAACUUGCUACCGGCAAGAUCCAAGACUACAUCAAGUUCGAUACCGGUGUCAUUGCCAUGGUCACUGGUGGUCGUAACAUGGGUCGUGUUGGUAUCAUCACUCACCGAGAACGUCACGAUGGAGGCUUCAACAUCGUCCACAUCAAGGAUGCCAUAGACAACUCCUUCGCCACCCGUGAGGGCAACGUCUUCGUCAUUGGUACAGAGAAGCCAUGGAUCUCUUUGCCCAAGGGCAAGGGUGUCAAGCUUACCAUCGCAGAGGAGAGAGACCGCAGACGUGCACACGCCAUUGCCGGCCAGUAAAUGUGUUUCUCGGUUGCUUUGGCUAUGGAGGGUUGAUAUGGUUCAUGGUCUGGAGUACUUGGGCUUUUUCCGUGCUUUGGGAAAAAUUUGCGCUUUGAGAUGCAGGUAGUAGCAUAGCAGCCGCAACACCGCUAGUUGAGACCAAUACCAACGAAUGUAAAAGCAAUCCCUCCCAAUCUGCGUCCCGAGAUCCGGGUCUUCUGAAGGG